GUGAGCACGAUUUCAGAGUUUGGCGGCAGUGUUUUUAGUACAGAUAGUGGAAUUUAAACUGAAAAUGGACGAAAUUUUAAUUGAAACAGUUAGACAACAUGAAGUUCUGUAUAAUCACUCAUCCCGUGACUAUAGGGAUCAGCGUAUGCGACAAGAAGCCUGGGAAGAACUCGACAGGGAAUUAAAAAUAUCAGCGGAUAAAGACAAACAAAUGUGGGAUAAACAUCGAACAAACGUCUUUUCUUUUGCCCUAUAUGGAAGGUCGAAGGACAUGCAGCAAUUUAGUAUCCGAUGUCGAACAUAUUGCGGAUGUGCAAGAAUCCGAAGACAUAGCAGAGGCAGAGAUAACUCACACAAAUUCAGAGACAGAGGUAUCCCAAGACAGUAGAAAGAAAUGAAAACACGUCACAAGAAACAAAUCCAGCAGCAGAACUGGUCCAUAUAAUGCAAGAGAAUGCAAAUCUACGAAAAAAAAAAAGAAUAUCAGGAAUAAAAGAAGGCAGAAGCAAAGAAACCUCCGCUCUUGGAACAUA